UCUCGUCGGUGGCUUGGACCUUCUAUAAAAUAAUAUAAAUAAUAAUGUAUACUUAACCUUAAUGGAAAAAGUACGUUCCACAAGGCAGAACGACGAUUUUUUCAAAUAGGACUUUUUCAAAAAUUAUUUGUCUUGCAAAAACGCGUCGAUUAAAUAUUUUUUUGUCGAUAUUGGAAGUGAGGGGGAUAUUCUGUAUAAUAUUACCGGAUUUUCAUCUAGUAAAUAAUCUCUGUGGUAGCUUUUGCAAUAAUUUUCUCCUAUUUAGGGAGAUUUCUAGAAUCGACACAACCAUAUUGAGUACGAUAAUAUCCUCCAAAAAUUGAUAUCUUUGUAGAUUAGAAAUAGUUAAAAAAAGAAAAUAAGAAAUAGCGCACUAUGGCAAGCGCUUUUCCUACUAUUACAGUAGAAACUGCGAAAGCUAUACUGGUAGAUAUUCUGACAGCGUUGAAUACACCAAAAAAUUUGGAAAAGCUUGCAGAAGCAAAUGAAAAAUCUGGUAAUGAGAUGUUAAAGAAAAUGCAGUUUGUAUUUCCAUUAGUGAUGGAGAUACAAAUUGAAGUUAUCAAAAAUUACGGAUUUCCAGAAGGUAGAGAAGGAGUUGUACGAUUUGCAGAGAUUAUUAGAACUUUUGAGAGGGAAGAUCCUGAAGUAGUGCAAUUACGUAACCAGGUUCGUUCAUAUUUUCUACCACCAAUUUUGAUAAAUUCUACAAAUGAGGCGCUUCCUUAAAGUAUAAAAUUAUAUGUAU